CGAUUCACGGUCCGCGUCACGAAUCCUUCCCCGUCUCAUCCCGCCCUUUACCUCUUCGCUCACACAGAAAACAAAGGUGAAGCAUGGAGCAACCAUGUCUGCGCUUCCCUGAGAACCUCGGCAUGCACGGGAACAUGACCGUCGAACAGGCCGUCAGCAUGCUCCUGCGCGCCGUCCAGGUCUCCCAGAAUGUCCCGUACCAGUGGGGUUUCAUUGAUAAGCCUCCAGAGGGCCAAGUGCUGUUGAUAUUCCAGCCAAAUCUCGGGCAGUUCCCCAUCGAUGGAAUCAGGUAUCAAGAACCGGAGAACAGAAUGUCGAUACCGGUCCCAGGCGGACGGGAGCUAGAAGUCGUAGAAGCCAAAUACGGCUUCGUGCCCGGCGGCGACCAGACCGCGGGUCGCAUGCGCAGGCGCUACCGCCUGCACAAGGGCGGCCACCCGCAGCUGACGCUCGUGCACUACUCGCGCGGCCCCGCAAUGCCAAUCAUGCCCCAAUUCGCCUCCCAGCCCGUCCGCCAAUACCCCCUGCGCACGCUCACCGACCCGCCCGUGUUCGUCAUGGGCGACAAGAUCGGCCAAAAAGUCUACCCGCCCGGCACCGCGCCCCAACCCGGCUCUCAUCCUAACUCCCAUCCCCACCCACACACGGGGCACCCUCAUUCCCAUCCCGCUGCCGCGCACCCCGUGCAAGGACAUCCGGGGCAGGGGCAUCCGCCUGGUAUGGGCGGGGCACCCGGUGGUGGUGGUGGUGGUGGUGGUGGUGGGAUGCCGCCGGGGAUGGGCGGUGGCGGUGGCGGGAUGCAGGGAGGGAUGCAAGGAGGAGGGGGGAUGGGGCCAGGGCCGGGUAUGGGCGGAGGAGGAGGCGGUCAUGGCGGCGGGCCGCAGGGGCCGAUGCCCCCGAUCGGCAUGGGUCCGCAGGCGAUGCUGGCGCAUCAGAAUGGGAAUAUGGACGCGCUGGAGCGGAGGCAGCGUGAACAGCAGCAGCAGCAGCAGCAGGCGAGGGAGAGGGAGCGGAGUGGGAGUAUGGCUGGGCGUCCGCCCCCGCCGCACAUGCCCGACGACGAAGACGCAGAAGAAUCCGAGAUGAUCUCGACCCGCGCGCUCGCCAUGACGCGCUACCGGCGGAACCACGAGCUCAUGGAGGCCGUGUUCAAGGAGGCCGCUUUCGGGGACAAGAAGCCUGCGGCGCCGCGCUCGCCGUAUGCGCAGUGGGACCAUGCUGCGAUUGACAACAAGGUGGCAACCCUCCGCGGAGAGAUGGAGACGCUCAAAGCGCAGCGCACGGCGCGCAGCACGGAGCGCGAGGCGCUCGCCGCGUCGACGGCGCGCCUGACGAUGGGCGUCGUCCCGACCGUGAACGUGAGCUUGGCGAGCGACGCGAUGGUGUCAUAAGCCACCAGCCGCCGUCAGAAUCAGAUGUAUCUCACGUUUAACGCUGUUUAGCUCUCGUGUAAUGCGUCCCCCUGCACAUAUAUUAUACGUUCAC